ACCCUUUUCUGUUCCUCUCCCCUCUCCACGCUCCUUUUCUUCUACAACCAUUUCCUACCGCCUGCAGGUCGAACUUCAAUUGCUGCAUUUCACCAUCUGACCGCCAUUCUCGUCCUUUGUACUUCUUCUGCAACUCGCAUUCCACUCGAUUGCUCUUCAUCCCACCGCUGCAUACCGCGCAUACUACGACCUUAUCAUCCCCUAGUCGACGAGACCCCCGCUUCAGAUUGGCAGAAAGGGAAUUGACACCUCGAUUAUCUUCCCAGCCUUGCUUUCUUUUCCAUCCCAUCCUUGCUCCGCGUCCCUCGAUCUCCGCGUUCUUCCAGCCAAUUUCAACUGCCAGCCGUCCGCCGCUCCCUGUCACUUUCUUCAUCACCUUUUCCCCUGGUAUACCAAACUCCUACAUCUGCUUAUGGUUAAAUCCCAUCUGGUGGAAUGGAAUCCCAGGACGGAAUAUCCGUCCGGCCCAUGAGGCUGAAGGUACUUUACACAUUCGACGAUGCAAACAAGACAAAUUGCUUGGCUCGAUGGCCCAAUCUUCUCGAACUCCAGACAGCUUAUCUGGACGAGACGACCCAGAUUGGCGUCGUCGAGCUCAAGACCUGCAUUCAAGCCAUUGUGUCCGCAAGUCCCGAACUAAUAGCAAACCUCGGUCAAGAUUACACGGUGUACGCCUACGAUUACUCGGAAUAUGAGACGCCUCUGGUCGGACAGGGAAUGUUAUCAUGGGUCCUUGCCUCAUCCACUUCGAACCCGGAUGCGCUCGAUAGUCAGUCCAGGACCAUGAUCACCGGUCGAGUGUGCAAAAAUGUGUUGGGUUUAUUCUCGAAAGGUGCCCAGGAGACUUUGGAGGUUAAACUGCGUCUUGUGCCCGUUCCCACUGCUUCUCAAAGUGAAUACUUUGACAGCAUGCAACGAUACCGGGAGCUCAGCAACAUCAUCCCCCAUGGCUUCGACCCUCAGACAUGGACGAACUAUAUCCGCCAGAAUCCCGACAUCCUGGCUGGUCUCAGGGCCCAGCAACCGGACCGGACAGUGUCCUCCCCUAUGGACCAUGCGGGUAUCGAGAGAUUCCACCAAAUACUUAGCGAGGGGUCAACCCCGAGGGACUUUCCCGCUAUGACUCCCACUGAGUCCUUCCGGGCUCUGUCCCCUGCCCAGUCGUCGGUAUCAUUUGUCCCGCCCAGCAGACACUCAACACCUGGAGGACAACACUCGUCGCAACGACAGUCACUCCAGCAGCAAUCGCAGCCGCAGUCCCAACAACUGGAAUCAGAAAACAGAUCGUCGCAGCACGACCUGAUUCGCCCAUCGUCAAGUGCUUCCAUGCACGACUCCGAGUUCCCCACCCAGAUGUCGUUCGCCGGCCGCAGGGGGUCUGUUCAAUCAGGCUAUGGUGGUGGUGGUGAAGAGUUUGCCGACCCGCAACAACGCAAGAGAGCUAGGGUUUAUCAGACAGGGCAGCCAGGGAAGUCCGACUUCAAUAUCGAAAAACAGCCAAGUUCGUUACGCGUAGCGGCAAGUACCGCUGCUUCCGUUCGCAUUCAUCGUCCGACGCCCCUCAAUCCUUCCAGCGGUAUCGUCGAAAACUCCAUCGAGGAGCCCAUUCGGCCGCCCACCCCUAUCUCCGGCCCAAAUGACAUCCCCCGAAGAAUACGACCCUUGACCAGUUCUCUGCGUGAAUCCUUCCAGCCCAGCACCCGCUAUACAUCGCCGUAUCCACCAAGUGACGAUCAACCUUCCGGCGAUCAGAAUGCUCAUUCCCCAGAGGAACCCCGGUACCACGGCCUCUUCGAGCCUUCAUUCAGCAUGCCUUCUUCCCCUCCCGUUCUCGAUGGUGGGAUCCCCACCCGCUCCAGCCCGAAUCUGCCACACCUCGCCACAGAUCCUGACUCUGGCUUCAUGAGUGGAGGAAUUGAGGAACUCCUUGAUGAUGACCUCGGCACGCCUUUGGAUGACUGUACUGCUGGACUGUCAAACGGUACCACCCGGAACAAGCAAACCGUUCGAUCUGCCAUUAGCGCCAACUCGCCUGCCAGUGCCCCAGCAAUUCCAGACAAGAACCAGAGCGACUAUUUCUUGACCAGCGAGGCAGAACAGCAUCCCAAAGAGUCUGCACCUCCGCUCCCGCGAGCACCCGCUAGUGCUUCGGGCUCCAGACCGUCUUCCCGGGCCAGCACUAGGCCGGGACCCAAGCCUCUGGCCCCUGCGCCCAUCUCUCAGAGUGAACUCGAGCAGCUUUUGAACGCGGUUCCUGCAAGUGACCCAAUACCGCCUCCCCCGCAGCCUACUUACAGCUGCACUGGUCCGAUGAGUGAUAUCUCCGCUGCUGAAACGCCGGCACCAAUUGUGAUACCGGAUGACGAUGGUAAAACCCGUAGCAAAACGGGUGCACGGAGGUCAAAACAGAUUCAUGCCCGUCUUGACCAGUGUAUUCGCAGUGGACAGGCCCCUCCUUACUGUGGGAACUGUGGCGCAAUUGAGACGCCUACCUGGCGUCGAGCUUGGUUCAAGGAAGUUGUUGGCAGUGAGGAAGAUGCCAACGAGCGCAAAAAUGCGGACACCACUGUGUUGUUCUGGAAGGCUCUCGACCGAGAUGACGAGGAGAAAGUCACGAAAUUCCAAAUUUGCAAGAAGACUCUGCUCGACAACGACAAGGACUUUGACCAGGUCUCUCUUUGUAAUCCCUGUGGUCUUUGGCUUCAAAAGUUCAAGAGCAUGCGACCUGAACACAAAUGGAACAACAAAACGCAAAAUGCGAACAGCAGCAAAAGAAAGCGAUCUCAGAGACGCACUGGUCCUUUGUCGAAUAUGAACGCCGCAACCCGCAUCCAUCCACUCUCCGCAAAGCCCGCCGCGUCCUCCCCAGGAUGCACUGAUGCAUCAUCGCCAGCCGAAGAAGGACCUACUCCUCGUACGGAGAAUGACAAGGACGACAACGAGGGCCAGAAUCUGCCAUCGAAACGGCGCCGCGCGAACAGCCUGGAACAUCGGAAAGAUCAAGAUCCAAUGGAAGCCCUGCGACGGGCAAUCCAGUCCAGUCCGGUGCGGAAUGCUCCGAUGACAAGUGAGAACAGUCUCACACCGAAGCCGGUAAGGAGGAAUCUUUUUCCUCCUCAAAAUGAAGGGCCUCUGAAGGCGCUCGGCGAUUCCAUUGUGAACAGCCCACGGCGCAGCCCUCGUAUUGCCUCUCGCGAGUCUGACAAGCGGCUUCAGGACAAGGAGAACCACGUGCCUGGGGUCCACAGCGAUUUGGAUUGUUUGUUCGAAGGGCCUGGUUUCGAGCUGGAAUUCCCCGCGAGCCCAACGCCUAAGAGACGUAAUCCACGUUUGGGUGAUAAGCGACUUGCGCUGCCCUACAAUUCGCCUACUUCUCGGCGCAAGGACGUCGACUCCUCUGACUUGAGCCCGACUAAGCUCACUGCGCAGAAGCUUCAGCGCAUCCAAGAAAGUCCAUCGCGUCUGAACAAGACUCCUAAGCAACCACGCUCCGAUGCUUUUUCGUCGCUGCCUGGUAACUCACUGGACAAUAUCGCGGAUAUCUUUGAAGAUGGUACCAACAGAGACGCUUCCUUUUUAUUUGACACUUCCAAGAACGGCAACUGGGCCGACUGGAUGGCGUCCGACUAUGUAUCUCCCAUGGGAUCCGACGCAGACCAACCGAACGGAGAUGACCAGGAUCUCAUCAAUCUGAUUCUGUGUGAUCCUAAUUUCCAAAACGAGAACAAUCCAUUUAGCGAUUCCGGUUUUUUUGGAUCUGAUUUUCUGGGUCUGGGAGUCAAAAGCAACGACGACAAAGAAAACCAUGCAAGCCCCAAUGAUGCUUCGGCUUCGGCCUAACGACGUUAAAAGCUUUUUUUUAUUUAUUUUUUUUAUAACCUUUCUAUUCGAUUCUUUAUGCGAUUUUAGCGAUGGCGUUUGGUGGCCUUCUGUUUAUUUAUUCCAAGUCUACAGUGACUAUGUUCUACUUUGUGUUACGAAUUUCCUUUUGUUUAGGG